AAUUGGCAUCUUAGGUUCUGCCGUUACAAGUGUUAUUACUAUUUUCACGAUCUUUGAGAACCACGAUCCUAUGAUGUUGUCAUUCUGGAAACAACAUCCCAAGCCACUCAUCUACUGUAUUAUGUCCUUUUACAAAUGUCAAUGCAGAUCUAAGGGUUUCUACAUAUGUUUUUUAUUUUUAACCUCCAGAUAUGCAUAGAAUCUUUCCUAACCGUUCGUCUCCCGCUAUCGGUCGAGCACGUGGUCACCGAAGAAAAAAAAGCACGCAAUAGCCCGAGCAGCUGUAGCCCAGCCGACUAAUCAAGUGAAACAUCGUCCCUUCAUCUUCCUUUUCCUCGUGAUACUCUCCAAACGCUUUUUAUCGGUCUUCGGAGGUCAUUAAUGGCGGAUCCAGAGAGAAUUGAUUGGUCUUCCCUUGCGUUGAGGGCGUUGAGCAAGCGGCGGACCUGGGCCUUCCUUUUCCUUCUCGUCUACGCUCUCCUCCUCUUCUCCUCCUGGAACCUCGUCCUCUCCAUCCGCUCUUGGUACGCCUCCGCCGCCGCCUCCGCCCCUUCACCGGCCUCUCUCGGCUGGCCAGCGCUCUACGCCUCUGUACUUUACGGUGGUGUCUUCGGGCUUCUCUCCAUGGGGGCGGCGCUCGCCGUCGCUGUGCCGGCUACCGUCGUCACUUGGAUUACUGUCCUCGUGCUUCUCGCUUUUGCUGGAAAGCCACGCCGGACGCUUGUGGCUGAGGGGCGGCGGAUCACCGCUGACAUCGCUGGAUUCGCAGUCAAGAUCCUUCUCCGAGAGGGCAAUCUCGUUGCCGCGUUAUGUGCUCUCGUCAGUUUCGUCGCCUUGAUCCUUCGGAGGAAGGGAACUCAACAGGGGCAACAACUUGGGGAUUUGUACACGAAUUAGACGCCAAUUUUUUCCUUUCCUUUUUUUUUUUCUCUUCAAUUUAAUGUCUUGUAAGGUAGAGGAAGGGGUAGUUGAAGAAAUUCUCUGCCCUAGAACUGCUUUUUAAUAUUUUACCAUUGUUUAUAUACAUGGGUUAUCUUGUCAAAUUUUGCACCGGAUCUUUUACUGGUUGUGUUUUGUGAUGUAAUAAAUAUAGUAGUUUCUAACUUUAGCUAUGCUUUGCUUGCAAGCUCGGAAUGUCUCUCUGUAGAAUGACCUGCCGACUAAACAUUAGACGGAUUUUUGUGCAGACAAGUCUGAAUAAAACAGUGAUUUGCAUUCAUUUUGGCAAUUGAUUUGGCCAAA